AUGAAUACAAAUCCAUUAUAUACUGGCUGGUAUGAGGACAGUCUUUUCGGUGGAUUACAGAAGACAAUUGAAAGUAUAAAAGCCACAGACCCAAAUUUUGUUAUGGGUCAUGUAUUGUCUGUCGGCUUGGAUUUGAUUGGAACUGGUCGUUCAAAAAGAUUAGACAAAUUAUUCCAGAAAGAAAUAGAUGAUUUAUGCUCCCUCUCUCAAUCACAAAAGUUUCUUACAAGUAGAGAAAAGAAACAUGUGGAAGCUGUUAAAUUAUGGUCUGAAGGACUAUUAGAUGAAGCUACUGUUGUUUGGGAAGAUAUAUUAUUACAUCACCCAGAAGAUAUUUUAGCUUUAAAAUUAGCUUAUGUUACAUAUUUUUAUCAAGGAAAAUCUACACAUAUGAGAGAUUCAGUUGCUAGAGUUAUGCCUUAUUGGAAGAUUCAUAAUCCUCUUUACAGUUAUUUAUAUGGACUGUAUGCAUUUGGUUUAGAAGAAACCAAUCUAUAUCGAAAAGCAGAAACAAUGGCAAUAACAGGUUUAGAAAUGAAUUCCAAAGAUGCAUGGGCAACUCAUGCUUUGGCCCACGUUUAUGAAAUGGAAGGAAGAGUUGCAGAUGGUAUCAAUUUAUUUAGUUCUACUGAAUCAGAUUGGGUGUCUUGUGGAAUGUUGGCCACUCACAAUUUUUGGCAUUGGUGUCUUUGUUAUAUUGAAAAGCGAUCCAAAUCGGCUCCUGUUGGUCAUCCAACUACAGUUAAAAUCACCAAAGCUGAAAACAUAGAAGUGGAUAAAUCGGAAGUGUUAAAUAAAAUUCUUCAGCCUAGGAAAAUAGAAGAUAAUGGACAUAUAUUGAUUCAACAUGUCUCAAGUAGCCCAGCAACUACUGGAGAUGUUCUCAAUUUGCAAGAACAGCUAGAUCAAAAGUUGGUUCAACAACAAGCACGAGAAACUGAUGAACUCAUUCGUCAAAUAACAAUCAAUUGUGCUGAGCGUGGAUUACUGUUGUUAAGAGUUCGGGAUGAAUUUCGCAUGACUUUAGCUGCUUGUGAAACACUUUACGAAAGUAGCAUAGCCUUUGGAGUACGCAAAGUAUUGCAGAAAGAAAUUGAAGAUUUAAAUCGUCAUAUAGCAGGACUCAAAGUAAAAUGUAGUGAUAUUGAAAAGAAUGUUAGAGAACAAGAAGAAGAAAAUGAAAAAAAAUUUUCAUCUGAAAUUCAGUCUUUAAAGAUAAAUAAUCAACAGCUAAAGUACAAGGAAAAGUCAGUUUAUCAUAAUUCUGAAUGUUCAUCUAAAUUUACAUCAGUGAGAUCAAUAUCUUCUUCUACUGUNGAAACUAAUCUAUAUCGAAAAGCAGAAACAAUGGCAAUAACAGGUUUAGAAAUGAAUUCCAAAGAUGCAUGGGCAACUCAUACUUUGGCUCACGUUUAUGAAAUGGAAGGAAGAGUUACAGAUGGUAUCAGUUUAUUUAGUUCUACUGAAUCAGAUUGGGUGUCUUGUGGAAUGUUGGCCACUCACAAUUUUUGGCAUUGGUGUCUUUGUUAUAUUGAAAAGGGUGAAUAUGAGUUAGCUUUUGAUAUAUUUGAUCGAGAAAUAAGCAAAAGAAUGAAAGCGGGAACUAUGUUAAAUAUUGUUGAUGCCACAUCACUUUUAUAUCGGUUGGAACUUGAAGGAUGUAACGUAAAAGAUCGUUGGAACGAAGUUCAUAAUAUAUGUGCUCCUCAUAUUGAAGAUCAUCUUUUAGCCUUCAACGAUAUUCAUCUUUUAAUGUCUUGUCUGGGAGGAAAGCAGGAAGAAAGCCUACAAAAAUUUUUAGACACUAUUGAAUUAGGAAGGAGUAAUAAAGUUUACAAUAAUACUUGGAAUAUACAAGAGAAAUUAUGCAAGGCUUUUGCUGCAUAUAAUGAUGGAGAUUAUGAAACAACCGUUAAUCUAUUACAUCCAAUAAGAUAUGAAAUCUUCAAAAUUGGUGGAAGUCACGCACAGCGAGAUGUACUUAACUUGUUAUUGAUUUCUGCUGCUAUUAAAUCACCUUUAACUGUUCAUCAUAAGAUUGCAAGAAAUUUA